AUGGCCACAGAUGGAGCAGAUCAAUCCAAAGCCGAAAAGGACCUCAGCCAGACGUUCGUGAGGCCGAAUAUUUCCCAGGCUAUACCUACCGACAAUGCUCCACCUUCACCCACUUCUCUGCCACAGUCUCUGCAGAGUCCUCCAUCGGCUCCUAUCCCAAGCCCUGUGACUUCAGACAGAUCUCCUUCUCUGAGGCUACAAACAGAGCUCCGAAAAAUCAUCUACGGUAUGCUCUUGAUGGUGGAUCCGCACCCCUCUCCAAUCGAGCAUGAUAAAGAGUUUUGUGUUUUGCCCAACACCGCUAUACUCUAUAUCAACAAGCAGGUACGAGAGGAAGCAAUGGAGACCAUCAGAAACCAAAAUACCUGGGUCAUGGUAGAGGUGAACAGCCGCGAUGGUGAUCUGCACACUCUGCCCUACCGGGAACUUCUUAGCAACCAAGCUCUAAUACCUCGCGCUUGGAUGGGUGAUUUACGACUAUUCGUGCGGGGGGGAGUAUAG